AUGGAAAGAAGACUAGGAAUGUACGGAAAUGAUAGAAGCAGAUCGAGGUCGCCUGUGCGUCGUCGUUUGAGCGAUGACAGGGACCGGUAUGAUGAUUAUAACAAUAGUAAUAGUGGUAGUGGCGGUAGCAGUCGCCAUCAAAGGCGUGACCGAGGCUCCCGUUUUAACGAUCGUUACGACCAGGGAUACGGCGGCCGUUACCACGAUGACAGAGACUGGCCUCCCCGCCGAGGGGGACGUGGUGGCAGAGGAGGAAGCGGAUCAUUCAGAGGCGGACGUGGCGGUGGCGCCAGUGGCGGUAGAGGUCGUAGUUUAGGCCCAAUUGUUGAAAGAGACUUAGAAAAGCAAUUUGACGCUACCAAAAGAAAUUUUGAAAACAGCAUUUUCGUGAGAAACUUAACCUUCGAUUGUACCCCUGAAGACCUGAAAGAGUUGUUUGGCACAGUGGGUGAAAUCGUGGAGGCCGAUAUUAUCACAUCAAAGGGCCAUCAUCGUGGUAUGGGAACUGUAGAAUUCACCAAUAACGAAUCUGUUCAAGAUGCUAUAUCAAAAUUCGAUGGUGCUCUUUUCAUGGACCGUAAACUUAUGGUAAGACAAGACAAUCCUCCACCUGAAGCUUCCAAAGAGUUUUCUAAAAAGGCUACCAGAGAGGAAGUAGAUAACGGGUUCGAAGUGUUCAUCAUUAAUUUACCGUAUUCCAUAAAUUGGCAGUCUUUGAAGGACAUGUUCAAAGAAUGUGGACGCGUUUUACGCGCCGAUGUUGAACUGGAUUUUAACGGAUUUUCCAGAGGGUUUGGAUCCGUUAUUUACCCCACAAAGGACGAGAUGAUGAGAGCCAUCGACACAUUCAACGGCAUGGAAGUGGAAGGUAGAGUCUUGGAAGUUAGAGAGGGACGUUUCAACAACAGAAGAAAGGAUAACGACCGUUAUAACCAAGAUCCGCAAGACCCUGAAGAAGAUAUAAGAGAUGCUGAACCAGAUCUUGUGCAAGAUAUUACCGUGCACGUUGAUGAAACGGCAACAAAAUUUACUGAAGGUGUCAACCCAGGUGGAGAUAGAAAUUGUUUCAUUCAUUGUAGCAAUUUACCAUUCUCAACAGCUAGAAGCGAUUUAUUCGACUUAUUCGGACCCAUUGGUAAAAUUAAUAACGCAGAAUUAAAACCACAAGAAAAUGGCCAACCGACAGGUGUUGCUGUUGUAGAGUAUGAAAAUUUAGUAKACGCAGAUUUUUGUAUUCAAAAAUUAAAUAAUUAUAAUUAUGGUGGCUGUAGUUUACAAAUCUCCUACGCUAAACGUGAUUAA